GUUUUUCCAAUAAUGUUCACUUGUCAUCUUGCAGUUUCAGAUCAAGACUUCAACCAAAAUCAAUUUUUAUUAUAGUGACUUGAACUUCCAUCUCGAGUUGGAAUUGACACUUUUAUUGUGAACGACUCAAACCGGAUGUACCACUGUGGCUGCUGGCAGAUCACAGUCUGUAGGACUUGAUAGGUUGGAGGUGGGUUGGCAGAGUUAAUCUUGUUGUUUUCCAGCUACUGUCGCCGAUGUUUUUUCUCCGAGACUCUCUCCGGAGACAUGGACGCCACAAUGUUUCAGCUGAGGUCGUUUGUUCACCAGCGGCUGUACGCAGCGGCAGAGGAGAUCCUCGGAGAGGUGGAGAAGACCAUAACGUUAGCGCUGUACGAAGCCGAAGUUAGUCGAUCUAAAGAGGAGGUCGAAAGUCUGCGACACCAGCUGGGCCUUUUGCGAAAGAAAUCAGCUGCAGAGCCUCCAUUGACCAGCAGCACCGCAGAACAUGAAGACCAAUGUGACACCCCACUGCUGCGAGAAAAUCCGGGACCCUCAACUCCAGAAGAAUCUAACUUCAGUCUGAAUGCUGAGUUACCAGGACCCUCACAAACCAGCGCGAACCUGGACAACAAUAACUGGAACUACUGCAUGGUUGAGACAGACUUCAAGAUGUCAGAGAUAAAAGAGGAGGAAGUUGAAGAUGAGAAUCAGACACAGGAGAUUGUUUUUCCUUCUCCUGAAAUUGUGAAAAGUGAGCCAGAGACGCAGGUAUCAUCUGAAAUGGAGCCCCUUUCUUUAGACUGCUCUGCAGCUCAGAGUGAGAACAAUGACAGUGAUGAGGAAUUGGUGAACAGCAAAGGAGAGCAGACCAAAAUGAUAAACAGGGAAGAAAAGAUAUUGCAAGGGCAAAGUGGCAAUGAUGAUAAGAAGGACGACGCAGUAUUGCCUUCUGCUAAAGGUCAAAAGGAUCGCAGUUUUUGCCAUUUAUGCGGCAAGGGAUUUCAGUACAUCGGCUCCUUGAUGAAGCACAUAAAAACACAUGAGAGCAAAACUGAUUGCACUGUUUGUGGGAUGACACACCAGUCUACUAAAGAGUUGGUCACUCAUUUGAAGGGUUGUCACAACAAAGCAUAUUUUUGUGACAUUUGUGGCAAGACUUUUGCCAGUAAUCGUUGUCUCCGGCUGCACGAAAGAAUACACACGGGUAUAAAAGAGUUUGCUUGUCAAGAGUGUGGCAAAACAUUUUACCGGAGAGAGCAUCUCAUUGUCCAUGUGAGGACCCAUUCUGGGGAGAAACCGUAUCACUGUGAUAUCUGUGGAAAAGCAUUCAGUCAAAGCCAGAACCUCACAAUUCAUAAAAGAAGUCAUUCAGGGGAGAGACCAUAUCAUUGUGGCAUGUGUGGCAAACUUUUUAACACUAGCAGUCACCUCAAAACACACAUGAGAUACCAUUCGGGAGAAAAACCGUACCCGUGUGAUAUCUGUGGGAAACGUUUUCGCCAAAGUGGACAGAUGACGAGACAUAGAACCACACAUACAGGAGAGAGGCCAUAUGCCUGUCAUGUUUGUGGCAUGAGAUACAGGUUUGCACCUAAUCUCAAGGUGCACCUACAAACUCAUGAAAAGGCGGCUGCUGAGUGAAAACAGUUAAAUGAACCACACAGACCAUCUCACAGAUUGAGGGUGAGUUCACAGGAAAGGUUUACAUGCAUGGUAUGACUCCCCUUUUGGCCAUUUUUGAGUUUAUAUACAAAUCAUAUAUACUUACAGUACAUUACUGCCAGACGUGUCCGAAAGCAAACCAUAAGUUGUUAAACUUAGAGAUACCUGAGUUAAGUCAUGUCACCAUGAACAUUUAGUCAACUUUUUUCUAUCUGAAAAUUGAAGUUUAGCAGAGCUGUCAUGGAAAUUAGCUGAGUCUUAUCGGGCAAAAUAAGUAAAAACACCUGUAUGGGUGUCCCGUGGGUGUGCAAGGCUUUGUCCGGUGCAACGCCAGUGUUGGUAUUCUGGAGCUUUAACUGUCUGAACAUAGCAAUGUGAAGAGAUUCAUGAGCUAAUAUCCAUGUUAGCAAAAAAUGUGACUGACAAAUCUUCAGUUUGCUUUAUACAGCAGUACAUAUUAUUGCUAAGGUUAUUUACAAUUGAUUGUGACCAUGCUUUAAUCAUUUUUACUUGCAUACAUUCAUUUGGCUUUUUUUUUUGUCUUAUAUCUUACUGAUACACAUCAGUUCAGUGUUUUCAAUCCUAGUACUCUACCACCUGAGCUGCAGCCAGCCCAUUUUUUGAUCAGUUGGUUUUACAUCAGACAUUUACACACAUUUAUCCAAAGCUAAAUGAGGAAAGGAACUGUGUGCGUGUAAACUUAUCUGAUGGUGUAAGAUUGAGGUAAUUUCAUCUAAACCAUGCAUUGUGUCUGCUGAGGAAGCACCCCCCCCACCCCCACCCCCCCAUACACACACACACAAUGUGAAAGCCCUGUUGUGAUGUUUCUGAUGAGGUAGUUUCAUUUUUGAAGAACAGUUGGAAGAGCUGCUUUGUCUGUUAUGUUACCAAAACAAAAAGCCACACCAUCCAAAUAUGUUUAUAAAUCCCUUUAGGCUUCUGUUCUACAUGUUUUAGUCCGUUGAAAUAUAAUAGCACUUAUCAAGAAGGUUAACUGAUCCCCAUGGGUAAAACCUGUUUCCUUUUGAUGGUCAGAGCUGUCUUUUUGCACAUUUCAUACAUAUGUAUUUUUGUAUAUUGUUCUGUGUAAUAUCUUCUAGUGGUGAUACCAAAUUUCCACGUGGGGGACAAUAAAGUUUAAUAUCCUAUCAUAUUA